CGCAGUAGUUUCAUCUCGUGUUUGGCGGUGUGGCGGAGUGUAUUUCAUACGAAUGUUUUGCGUUAACUGUGAAAUAUAUUGUUUACGUCUGUAGACAAUUAAAGUAUCUAAUCAAGUUGACGAGUUUCGAUGCGUCUACUCCGCUUGUCGGCGUAUCCUAUUCAAAAAGUGUUUGACAUUGCUCUUAAAAAUUUGACGUGCUUCAGUGAUCAAUUAAUUGCUUCCCGAAAUUUCCUUUGCCAGAGAAAUCGAGGCGCGUGUAGUACCAGUCGUUGUAGUUGCAACAGCAAUAUUGUUUUGGACACUUUAUGUCAUACAAUUGUAAAACGCAACAGUAGCCGCAGUAAACGCACCCCUGCCGAAAUGCUCAAUCAUAUGCCAUUUUUUGCUAGCGGAGAAAUUAUACGCGGUUUCGGUCGCGGCUCCAGAGAACUGGGCAUACCAACAGCGAAUUUCCCAUUAGAAGUGGUGAAAUCCCUACCAACCGCACUUUCGUUGGGCAUCUAUUAUGGUUGGGCAAAUGUGGAUAAUGGAGAAGUGUACAAAAUGGUGAUGAGCAUAGGAACAAAUCCGUACUUUGACAAUAAGGAGAAGAGUAUGGAAACUCAUAUUCUGCAUAAAUUCGAUGGCGAUCUGUAUGGCCACUUACUUAAGGUUUGCAUCGUCGGCUAUCUGCGUCCGGAACGUAAUUUCGACUCACUUGAAGACCUAAUUAGCGCUAUACAAGCAGACAUCGCAGAAGCCAUAAACUUGCUGGACAACGAUGAGGAAAGUCGUCAAUUGCAAUGUUCAAAAUUUUUCCAAGCGAAUGAAUGCAAUGAAAGUACAAAACCCACGACGACGCAUUUAAAUAUUGACAAUAUGAAAAAUGGUUCCGCAUAAAAUUUGGCCAUCACAAUUACUUAAAUUAUUGUAUAUUUGUGUGGUAUUUAAAUUUUUAUGUUCACCUCAGUAUACCUAUGUAUGUGUACAAUGUGUAAUUUAAAUUGGAGUGCAAUUCUAUUAUGUAAAAUUUUUUGUUUUGCUUAACAGAAACAAUCCGCUAUUCCUCUAAACCAUAAGAUACUUGAUAAAAUGGCAAUGCUACAUAAUGCGAAAAAUAAUGGUUACUUAAAAUAUAUUGUUGAAUAUAUUUAUAUAUGUAUGUAGAAUAUGAUAUUGUGUAUUUUUGUACGAAUGUAUAAAUUGUAAAUUUAAAAAUGCAGUUAAUCAUGAAAAGACCCAUAUAAGAAAAUUGUGCUGUAAAUAAAUUUUUAAAUAGGUAUAUUAAACAUAAUUUGAAUUACAAUUCUUAAUAAAAAUUAACAGGGUAGAACAAUAUGUACGAAUGUGUGUAAGUGUGAUUAAGUGCUCUACAAAUGCAGUGAAUAUUCGAAGUAAACUGUUUAUCUAUACCUACACAUAAAUAAAAUUGAAGUGUCUGUCUGUGAUUUUGAAAUAAAGGCAAUUUAAGUUCAUAGGCUUAUUUGCAUGUAGUUAAAUAAA